GUGGUGAAUGAGAUUGAAGAAGAGUUCUUGUUUUGUAUCUCAGUUUCUCUCUUUUUGGACAAAUUGAAUUUAAACAAAUUAAAAAAUAUUACGGAGAUCUCAGACUCGAAUCAAUGGAGCAUAUUUGAAUAUUUACAUCAUAUAAUUGUGUCGGAGAUUCGGUAGAGAGGUAUUGGGUUGUUUGUAAAUAUUUAUUUAAUUAAUUUCUGAGGAGAGGAGGACUGCUGCUGCUCAAGUGAGUAGAGUGGAGGGAGGCGGCUCUUUAAUGCUUCAGUCGGAUGGUAUUCAACCCGGUGACGGCGUGAAGGCUGAACGUUUCCUCGGACUGACUGGCACACUAACUGGCUCAAUGAUGGAAUUACAAACAUUACAGGAAGCCCUGAAAGUGGAAAUACAAGUCCAUCAGAAAUUGGUUGCCCAAAUGAAGCAGGACCCACAGAAUGCUGAUCUGAAGAAGCAGCUCCACGAACUUCAGGCUAAGAUCACAGCCCUUAGCGAGAAGCAGAAAAAGGUGGUGGAGCAGCUGAGGAAGGACCUGCUGGUGAAGCAGGAGCCGGAAGUCAAGGCGCAGGUGCCGGCUGUGGACAAACACGUUCUGCAGAUUCCUUCGUCCGCCACCCUGCAGGCCCUGCAUCAGACAACACACAGCCAGGCCCUGCAGCAGAAGACACCGGCUGUCACCCCUGUCCUCACCACUAAGACUCUACCUCUAGUGCUGAAAGCUGCCACUCACAGCAUGCCUGCCUCGGUCAUGGCACCACGCCCUGCCACUGUCGCCAUGGUGACUGCUCUCAGCCACUCCAAGCCCGGCGCCGUCAACUCUGACGUCAUCUCGAACUCCCAGAACACCCCGGUGAACCUUCAGGUGGCUAUCAAGUCGACCGGUCAGGUUUCCGAGCCCGUUCGAUUGGUGUCGAAGAAUGCUGUUGUGGUGCAGGCCACCACCACCCCCACCUCAGCACAGCCAAUCAAAGUUCCUCAGUUUGUCCCUCCUCCUAGACUGACGCCUCGACCCACCUUUCAACCACAGGUCCGGCCAAAGCCUACUGCUCCCAACAACAACGUGGCCAUUGCCCCAGCGCCCCCACCACCGAUGAUGGCGGCCCCCCAGCUGCUCCAGCGGGGCUCUGUGAUGCUGACCACCAAGCUGAGCUCCUCCUCGCUUCCCUCCAGCGCCGGGCCCAUCCACCAGGUGCGCAUCGUCAAUGGCCAGCCCUGCGCAGCCCUGGGCACCAAGAGCGGCCAGCCCACCGCCACCGUGACGGGCAUCGUCAUCACGGCCCCGGCCUCUGCGUGCCUGGCCACCCCCACGCAGACACUGCAGAUCAGCGGCCUAGCCUCAGACGCCAAGACUGUUAAAGCUCACGGGGGGUCGGGACAGAAGAAGUUGGCGAGCAGCACUCCUCCUCCAUCUCCAGCCCCAAGGCCCAAGAGAGAGGACAAUCCCCAGAAACUCGCCUUCAUGGUGUCCCUUGGGCUUGUCACCCAUGACCAUUUGGAAGAAAUUCAGAGCAGGAGGCAGGAGCGUAAGAGACGAACAACGGCGAAUCCGGUGUACAGUGGAGCUGUGUUUGAGCCGGAGAGGAAGAAGAGCGCAGUGACCUACCUAAACACUCCCCUGCACCAGGGCACCAGGAAGAGAGCCAACGAGGACCCCCUGUCAAAGGUAUGUCGGACAGACGGUUUGUUUGUGUGUUUUUUUUCCUUCCUCCCGCCUCCAUCUUUUUUUGUUUGUGUUUCUUUUGUUUUUGUUUUUCGUCUGUCUCAUUUCAACCCAGGUCGCCCACCCAAAUACAGCAACGUUCCGGAUCUGGGCAGCCACCCCCCGACCCCCCCCUUCAGCUGUCACACUGCUUCCCUGGCCCCCGAGCGGCUCAACACUGGGGGGAGCUUCCCCUUCCAUGUCCAACCCCACCACACCCUCCCCCUGCCCAACCCCACUUCUGGGGAUGGAGACAUCCAUGAGGAUUUCUGCACUGUGUGCAGACGCAGUGGCCAGUUGCUCAUGUGUGACACAUGCUCACGGGUCUAUCACCUGGACUGCCUGGACCCACCCCUGAAAACCAUUCCUAAAGGCAUGUGGAUCUGUCCCAAAUGUCAAGACCAGAUUUUGAAAAAAGAAGAUGCGAUUCAAUGGCCUGGAACGCUGGCUAUUGUUCAUUCCUACAUCGCCUAUAAAGAAGCUAAAGAGGAGGAAAAACAAAAGCUAAUGAAGUGGAGUGCAGAGCUGAAACUGGAGCGGGAACAGCUGGAGCAAACCGUUAAACAACUAAGCGGCUCCAUAACGAAAUGCAUGGAGACCAAAAAUGCCAUCCUGUCUCGACAGAAAGAAAUGCAGGCUUCGUUGGAGAAGGUCAAACACUUGGUCCGCCUCAUUCAGGCAUUCCGUUUUAGUCCGACCGCGGAGGCAGAGGAUACAGGUGCUCUCAUGGCGGACCUCACGGUGGCCAGGGAGGCAAACGUCCCCGCGGACACCGCCAGGGACGCGGUCAACGCCAAGGCUGGAGCCCAAGUCAUUACCAAGCCCGUGGCUGUGCCGAAGGCCGAGGCCAUAGCGCAGGACGGCAGCAACAUCGAAGCCAGGAAGGAUGUCACCGCGGAAGCAGUAGCAGGACUCGGCACCGAGGCCGCAGUUGACGGCAGCGCUGGGCCUACCGCUGAGGUCGGCACUGUGGCAGACAUCAGUCUACAAUCCACGGCCAAGGUCGGCAAUGCAGAGGAAGUGACGGAGGCCGUGACGGAGUCUACAGUGACGGUCAGUGCCGAGAACGCCGCCACAAACGGCACCACCGGCCUCGCAUGUACUGUCGAGAGCGCGACGGAGAGGUGCUCCAACAGGGACGAGAGCUGUAUUUACCACACUAACACCAACCCUGAGAACACGGUCACCAACACUAACAGCACAGAGGUGGCGGUAGGAGAGCCACAGCAAGACAGCAUGAACAAUGACCGCAUCAGCACCAACAACAGCAAAACCUCAGAACCACCCCAGCAAUCUUUGCCAGCUCUUCUUGACAGGUUGGACAGUAGAGAGUAAUGUUGUGUCUAUUGAAACAACCCCCCCCCCCCCCCCACCACCACCACCACCACUCCCCAGAACAUCGAAAUUAUUUUUGCUUUCACCUUUGAAAGGUGUCCGACAUUGCCAAUCUAUGUAAAUGUUACUUGUUUCAAAUGUAUUGUCAGACUGUUAGUGGAUAUACAGGCCGAUUCUGAGACUGCUCUUCAGCAUCUGUGGUCUAUUACUCCUGAAAUGUGGGUGAAACGUUGGCUGUUGUACCAGUGUCAUGCCAAUUAGGGAUAGAAAAGAAUGGUAGUAACGGUACAAGUAUGAUAGUUGUGACAUCAAAACCAGUGAGUGCCUACAGCAGCUGCCCUCACGUCAGGGCUUGUUUGUUAGGUUGUUGUCUGUUCCUGGGGAUGCAGGUUAGAGGUCAAGGACUGCUCCCUGAACUGAGAAUGCAUUUCUCUGGCAUUAACCAAGAGUCAACAUAGAACCAAACUGUUGGCGAACCAGCUGAAGGGACAGGGCUUUAAGUUCCAAAGCAUCAGUAUUCGUGAACACUGAGGCGUUGGUUGAGCGUCGUUCAAAGUCAAACAGGUGAUAUGAGAGAGGCUUCAGUUAUCCCAAUACCUUCCCUUUUCCAUUCCUCCCCAUCCAUGACCAAUAACUACGGACCCAUUUACACCUCAGGCAAAAAUAAAUCUACGUCUGCAGGUUUCAGAAGGGGGAGGCAGACUGUUUAUGGAACCGACUGGUCAGGGGCUUGCUGAGGAAGACCUGGUAACAAAGACAGUCAUCAUGCCUGAAGUUUUCAAAAAUGGUUUAGGUCCAGUGCAGUGAUUUGAGAAUCAUUCAUGAGUCAGUGUGUCAACUCUGAUCACUAAAUGUGAAAUUGCAAUAAUAUUGCAAUGUCUAAAAAACAGAAAACACAUAAAUACGGUGUGUUUUUUUUAUAGGAAAAGAUAUUCAGGUCUUCCUAGUCUUCAAAAAUAAGUGCAUUUCUCUUUCAUAAAACAGUGGUUUGUUAUUAAAUGUUUGAAUGGUGUACAUUUGUGAGUAAUUCUCCUUCAAAAGAGAUGACCUUUGCAUAUUGUGAAUUAUUAAAUACAUUUUUAUUUCUGAACUGCCAAAAUGCUAUUGUAUCCAAAUAUAUAUAGCAGGGACAUGUCCUAUUACCGUAUCAAGAUCAAGUAAAACAAUGUAAUAUUCAACACCAUCUUGGCAAUCCCCGGUAAAUAAGCACUAGUGCUUAUUCAACAAUCUAGUAAAGAUAUUUUAAAAAAUUCUGGAAACCGGAGGGUUUGUUGCAUAAGCCCAUUUAGGUUGUGGUAAGGAAAACGCCUCAAAUUAUUUGAUUAAAGCACAAGCUUGCUGCAUAACAAUAAGUCAUGAAGCAUUUUUUGUAUGUUACACAGGGAACUGAACAGAGUAUGCAUUUUGUUGGUUGUCAUGUAAUUUAUCCCUAACUUGCCAAUAUUUUUGUAUUACCCCAAUUAUAGGGUGUGAUUGAGGCCUUGUGCAGAACAAUUGCUCCUCCUCUACUAGUCUAGAAACAUGCUUGGAUGAUAAAAUUGACUAACAAACUUAUUCCAAAAUACUCUAGAUUUGUGCUUCCUCUGGUAUUUAUUUUAAAACACAUCAACAUAUCUGUCCAACAUUUUAUCAUUUGUUAGGCAAUUACCCAGGUUUUUCUGGGGUUUUUUCUCAAAAAGUUGAUCAUGAAUUUUGCAAGACUGUUUGUCAACAUUUGCACUUGAUCUGUGGUAGAUGUUUUCAGUGUGCCUCAUGACUGGACUACAAAUAUUUUUUAAUGCUGGGCUGUUGCAUUGUAUAGAAUGCACAGAUGGCAACAUGCAUAUCAUGUUUACUUCAAUUCAUAACCAAUCUACAUAUCUUUGGAGAAUGUUUGCGGUUUUGAUAACAGGGAUUAUAAAUUCCACACACAAAAAAAUUCCAUACAGACAAAAAACAUUAAGAAACAGAAUUUUCGUAAUGUAGGAAUUUUUUUAUUCUUGGCUAUGUAAAACAAAUGACAACGAAGAAACAAAUGAUUAGUGGUGAGUUGUUAUACAGAUUGUUUUUGUAUAAUUUUUUUUAAUCCAUUUUUUAUUUGCAAGGAAAAGGGAAGUUUGAAUUCGAUGCUCACACUGUAAUGGCCAUACUGUCUUUUUGAUUGACUGAAAGGGAUUUCUUCCUUCCAAGUCUCACAUGGUACUACAUGGUACGACCAUACCUUCAUCAAGAAAACAGCAUUGAUAAAUUGGACCCCCCAUGUUUUUAGAAGAGUCUCUUGAAUAGAACAAAGUAUUCAGACAUUCAAACCUUGAUUUGUCCAUGUAAACGUACAUUACACAGCAACUUGACCUUUGCCCCUUUCUUUAGGUACCUUGAGUGCCUUUAUUCCAACAGCAUAUUUUGGCUCCUGACUUGCACUGUGACUUGUAUUAUUAUGUUGCUACUCAAACACACUGGUCAGUCUUUUGUCCUUCGUCAUCCCUGUGUAGGCUUCAGAAUCUUCAGCGAACGGUGUAUCAGAACUAUAUUAUAUAGAGCACAAUUGAAUCUGAAUAAUGGAGCUAAAGAUGUAAUACCUAGGGCUUUAAGUUGUCAUGUAUGUGAGGUUAACAUUGUUUAAUUUUAGUCAUUUUUGUUGCAUCCUUAAAAGGUGCAUUUAGUUUUUGAAUUGUCUUUAAUUGGGGAUCACCUGUAAAAUCUGUGCAAAUCUAUCAGUGGUUUGUUCAUACAGGUACACCACUUGGUAGUUUGUUCAAGUGCCACAGGAACUGGUACAAUAUAUGUGUGAAGUGUAAUUCACAAGCUCUUGUAUAGGAAAUUGAACAGGCAGGACUGUUGAUACAUGAUACGUUUUGUUGUGAUGCACUUUUAGUUGAAUUUCCACCAAGUAUUAUUUUUAUACAGCCUCCCCCACCCGAAGAUGUGAUGUGUAUAUAAUAUGAUAUAAACAUUUUGGAUUAUGUCCUCAUGCUCUGAAUUGACCUCCCUUUUGUUGAGAUUCUACAGAGGGGUUUUAUGGUAGUCUAGCCAGCAUUAGAAGUCAGUACAGUGCCAGUGACCAUUAUAUGUCCUUUUGUGUUGCUUGCUUGUGCACCUUUCUUCUUUUCUCGUCCCCUCUCUUUUGUCUAUUACUCGCAAUAAGUUUGAUCAAAUAGUGCCAUGUGAAUCAAGCCUUGGCCUGGGCAUAUUGUUAAACAGACAAUACAGCCCCCCCACCCUCGACACAAUCUUUCUGAUCAGUCCAACAAAAGUCUUUUUGAAUAUGCAUUAAUCUUGGGUUUAUUUUCAAAAUGUUAUUAAUGUCAAAGUCAUACAUUACACAUCUCAACAAAAAAUGUAAGGUUCAUACAAUGAAAAAUCAUUUGAUGUGACACCUCUAGCAAUAGUGUGUUAGAGUAUAUUUGGAUUAUCUAAUGGCAAUGUUUCAAUGCCAUUAACUGUGAAGUCUCUGUAAUUGAGGGGGGGACAUGAUAUGAAGGUGAGACAGAAGAGUCUCUUGGCUCGUUCUUCUCAAGGUUGUGUUUAUUACAUUUUUGCCUUUCGCUAAUGCACCAUGCUGAAUGUUGUUACUUCUGGACAUGGGGUGCGCUAGUGGGAAGUGGUAAAAAAUGGUCUUGUCUAAAAUUGUUCUGUGCUUUUGUCCUGUAAAAAAAAAAAGACACAUUCAGUUAGAGCACUCAUGCUCUAAAACCAAUAUACCCAAAGAAUAUUGCAAAUGUGCAUUUAUAUUUGGAAGCCUUUAUGCAUUUGAUACAUAUCAGUUCAUAAUUUUUAAGGCUAGGUUAAUUUCUGCUUCAGUAUAGUGUUCACAGUAGUUGGCAGCUCUCAGAUGUAUGUUAUUGGGCUAAAGGGUUGAAAAGUGAAAGUAGUUUGUUUUAUGAAUUAAAAAAAUGGCAUUUCCAGUUCAUUCCAGAUUGAAUCUUCACAGUACACCCCUGUAGAGUAACUCACUUCUACAUUCUCACCAGUGCAUUAUAUUCUGUCAAUGGCUUAUUAAUAUAGUCAGGGUUUUUUCAUUUCUCUUUUAUGAUAACGUUACCAAGUCAUGAUUGUGGCCUUCUAGUAUUGUUGAUACAUUUCAUCAUUCAUAAUCCUCAUCAUUCAAAUGUUGUGACUUCCCUGUUGUUGUGGCACCUUGAGCUUCUUACCUCAUCCACUGUAAAUUCAAUUGGAGGAGCUUGUACUUUAAGAGUGCAAAAAGUGUCAUUUAAAAAAGAAGCUUCCUUUUGGUGAAAGAUGAUGCAUUGUAGCGAUAUGAAUAAAAGAAACGGUUCACCUGGUGUGCUGAAUUAUGUGUAAAUUGUUAAUUACACAGAUCUGAAUAUUUGUAAAAUUGUUUGUAUUUUUCAUAAUAAUUUUAAAAGGAGUGUGUUUAUUUUUUGACUUCUCUUCUGUUACAGAUCUCUCUUGUUUUGUUCGACUGACAUUGUGAGUGAUCCGGUGGGUUUCUUACCUCUCUCCUGUAUUGAGCCUAUUCUGUGAUGAAUUAUUUGUAUGCAGUGUUUAGAAAAUACUGUAGGGAACAUGGGAAGAAGUUGAUAUUAGGAGCAUUUGAUCAAUUUGUAUUUAUUUAUUUUAUCAUUUUGUUAAUAAAUUGUCAAAAGCA